AUGAGGCAGUCCGUCACUCUUUUUAGAUAUUGCAGAAAUACUAUUCAAAAUAGUCAUCAUAUAGAAGUUUACAGGUCUAGCCUUCGAUAUUUUAGUUCUAUUACCCAUGAUAGCCACAAAUAUAACAGCAAUAGUUCAAAGAGCUCCAAAGAAGUACUUAGAAAGGCUUUUGAUGACAUGGAUUUUUGGACAGACUUGAAUAAACAUAAUUAUAAGGUUGUUAAGAAGAAGAAUUUAUUUCGCUUUGAUUUUUCUACCAAUAACGACAGGGACAGUGAAAAAAAUACUGGAUUAUUUAAUAACCCAUAUUUAACUUCUCCAGGUGGUUUAAAAACGUUUUGUCAACAUUCGUUGAUGAAAGCAAAUGGGAUAGUUGAACAACUUAAGAAGGAUACCACAGAGGAAGGGUUGGCAUUGUAUAUAUCAAGAUUGGACCUUUUGAGUGAUACCCUAUGUAGAGUAAUUGAUCUGUGUGAAUUCAUAAGAUCUGCUCACCCUGAUGAUGAAUAUUUAAAAGUAUCUCAAGAAUGUUAUGAAUUAAUGUUUGAAUUUAUGAAUACGUUAAACACAGAUGUUCAACUUUGUUAUACUUUAAAACAUAUAUUAGAAGAUGAGAAAAUUUGUUCAAAAUUAACCGAUGAAGAAUACAAAGUUGGCAAAAUUUUACUAGAGGAUUUCGAAAAGUCAGGAAUAUACAUGGAACCAAAUACGAGAGAAAAAUUCAUCGAAUUAUCGCAAGAAAUUAGUUUGGUUGGACAAGAGUUUAUAAGCAAUACAGACUACGUGACAAAAAAUAAUAUUUUAAUAGAUCGUGAAUCAUUAAAUUUAAGUGAACUAGAGUUACCAUUUACUUACCAAUUAAAAACGGAUAUAACAGGAAAACAUUAUAAAAUACCCACUACUGGUCCAAUUCCAUACUCUAUACUGACAAAUUGUUCUAAUGAAACUAUUAGAAAAAAAAUUUGGACUGAAUUACACAGUUGCUCUCAAGAACAAAUUGAAAGACUGAAAAAGAUGGUGACCCUUAGAUACAAGUUGGCUAAGCUUUUAAAAAAAAAGAGUUUUGCAGAAUAUCAGUUACAAGGAAAAAUGGCUAAAAAUCCAGAAGAAGUUAAGAAGUUUAUUUCAACUUUACUAGAUUUUACAAAACCAUUGGCAAUCAAAGAAUUAACCUCUUUAGCCGAAGUGAAAGCAGCUGACCUAGGUUUAGCGUUCAAAAAUGAUAGCAACUUUAUAGUAAAUUUAAUCCGCCCAUGGGAUAGAAACUAUUACUCGAAAAUUAAUAGAUAUGAAAAUAAGCAGACUAUGGAAGAUUUAAAUGAAUUACCUUAUUAUUUUUCACUAGGUAAUGUUAUAGCAGGUCUAUCCAAUUUAUUUCAUAACAUUUAUGGAAUACGCUUUGAAUUAGCUGUUCCUAAGUUAGAAGAAACAUGGCUUCCAGAAGUCAGAAAAUUAAAUGUUAUAUCUGAAUCAGAGGGUUUAAUAGGUAUUGUAUAUUGUGAUCUAUUCGAAAGACCUAGCAAAAAAACGAAUGCUGCACAUUUCACAAUUUGUUGCUCAAGAGAAAUUGGUAAAGGUGAGGAUAUUUCAACGAUGCAGGUCGGCAUGAAUUCCAAAGGGAAUAUGUUCCAGUUACCUAUUAUAUCCUUGAUAUGUAAUUUUUCUAAGUCACACCUAUUUGAAGAAAAUGGUCCAUGCUUCUUACAGUUACACGAAAUAGAAACUUUGUUCCAUGAAAUGGGUCAUGCAAUGCAUUCUGUUUUAGGACGAACUAGGCUCCAAAAUACUAGUGGUACCAGAUGUGCAACUGAUUUUGUAGAAUUACCAAGUAUAUUGAUGGAACAUUUUGCGAAAGACGUCAGAGUCAUGGAAUCGAUUAGCAGUCAUUAUAUAUCCCAAGAACCUGCAUCUCCUGAAUUAUUACAGACUUGGUUACAUAGCACAGAUAACUUGCAAAACCUAGAAUUAUAUACACAAGCUAAAAUGUCUAUGUUAGAUCAAAUCCUGCACAGUAAUGAAAUUUUUGAGGAUCAAAAAGAUAUUAAUGUGGUAAAAAGUUAUAAUGAUUUAGAAAAGAAAUUAGAAUUAUUUUCUGAUGAUCAAAGUAAUUGGUGUGGUAAAUUUGGUCACUUAUUUGGCUAUGGUGCCUCUUAUUAUAGUUAUUUAUUUGAUAGGGCCAUUGCCUCGAAAGUUUGGGAAUCAUUAUUUAAACAAAAUCCUUUCAGUAGAACAAGCGGUCUUAAAUUUAAGGACUCAGUGUUGAGAUGGGGUGGAUCAAGGGAUCCGUGGUUAUGUAUAGCAAAUACAUUAAACGAGCCACAGUUAGCUAAGGGAGACUCAGAAGCUAUGAAAUAUAUUGGCUCUACAAAAAUAUUAGACAAUUCGUAG